AUGGACUCGCCGAGCCCCCUGCCGAGCCUGAUCCGCAAGAAGCGGGACGGGGAGCGCCUGGAGGACGCGGAGAUCCGCGGCUUCGUGCGCGGCGUCACCGAGGGCACUGCCCAGCAGGGCCAGAUCGGUGCCAUGCUGAUGGCCAUCCGGCUGCGGGGCAUGGACGCGGGGGAGACGCUGGCCCUGACCCGGGCCAUGGCCACCUCGGGCCGGGCGCUGGCCUGGCCGCCCGCCUGGCACGGGCUGGUGGUGGACAAGCACUCGACGGGGGGCGUGGGGGACAAGGUCAGCCUGGCUCUGGCCCCCGCGCUGGCUGCCUGCGGCUGCAAGGUGCCCAUGAUCAGCGGGCGCGGGCUGGGCCACACCGGAGGCACCCUGGACAAGCUGGAGGCCAUUCCCGGCUUCCGCGUCUCCCUGAGCCCCGAGGAGAUGCGCAGCGCCCUGGAGCGGGUGGGCUGCUGCAUCGUGGGGCAGAGCGAGGAGCUGGCACCCGCUGAUCGGGUGCUGUACGGGCUGCGGGACGUCACGGCCACCGUGGACAGCGUGCCCCUCAUCACCGCCUCCAUCCUCAGCAAGAAGGCGGCGGAGCAGCUCUCGGCGCUGGUGCUCGAUGUGAAGUUCGGGAGCGCCGCCCUGUACCCCACCCAGGACAGCGCGCGGGAGCUGGCGCGGAGCCUGGUGGAGGUGGGCACACAGCUGGGCAUCCGCACUGUGGCCGUGCUGUCCCGCAUGGAUCAGCCCCUGGGCUGGGCCGUGGGGAACUCGCUGGAGGUGCUGGAGGCGCUGGAAUGUCUGGACGGGGGCGGCCCCCCCGACCUGCGGCAGCUCGUCACGGUCCUGGGCGGGGUGCUGCUGUGGCAGUGCGGGAAGGCGGCGGGGGCCGCGCAGGGCCGGGAGCUCCUGGGGCGGGCGCUGGACGAUGGCUCAGCCCGGAGCAUCUUCGAGGCCAUGCUGGGGGCGCAGGGGGUGCCCCACGACACCGCCCACCGCCUCUGCAGCGGGACCCCCGCCCAGCGCCGACAGCUCCUGGGAACGGCCAAGAUCUGCGAGGAGCUGCCCGCGCUGCAGGAGGGCUGGGUGCAGGAGGUGCGGGCGCUGCCCCUGGCCCAGGUCCUGCACGGUCUGGGCGCGGGGCGGUCGCGGGCCGGGGACCCCGUGGACCCCCUCGUGGGCGCCGAGCUGCUGGUGGGAGCGGGGCAGCACCUGCGGGCAGGCGAGCCGUGGCUGCGGGUGCACCACGAGGGGACCCUCGGCGAGGGGGGGCGGCGGGCGCUGCAGGACGCUCUGUGCCUCGGCCCGGAGCCCCCCCGGGACCCUCCGCCGCUGGUGGCCGAGACCAUCACCCCGCCCUCCCCGCCGGCAGUUCCGGUUCCGGCGGCUCCGGCGCGGCCGCACCGGGGGGAGAGCCCGGGAACAGAGCCCGGGACCGGGGCGGGGGUCGGACAGCGAAGCCCCCGCCGCGAUGCUGCGAGCCCUGCGCCCCUGCCACCCCCUGUGCCACCCCCUGUGCCACCCGCUGUGCCACCCCUGUGCCACCCGCUGUGCCAGCGCCCCCCGUCCCAGCCCCUGACGGCCGGCGCCGUGCCCCCGGGCCGCUCCGAGCCCCCGCGGCUGCCGCUGUGGCAGCGUGCGGCGGUGGCGGGCGCGGUGGCGGGGCUGGCGGGGGCGGGCUGGCUGUACCUGCGGCGGGAGAAGGAGCGGCGGCUGCGGCAGCGGCGGCUCCGGGACCUGCGGGCGCUGGCGCUGGGCCAGGCCGACUUCCAGCUGCAGGACACGUCCGGAGCGCCCCGCUCCCGCGCCGACCUGCUGGGCCGCUGGGUGCUGCUCUACUUCGGCUUCACGCACUGCCCGGACGUGUGCCCCGAGGAGCUGGAGAAGCUGUGCCGCGCCGUGGAGCUGCUGGAGGCCGUGCCGGGGCUGCCGCCGGUGCAGCCGCUGUUCAUCACGGUGGACCCGGCGCGGGACGACGCGGCGGCGCUGGGGCGGUACCUGCGCGACUUCCACCCGCGGCUGCAGGGCCUCACCGGCACCGCCGAGCAGGUGCGGGCGGCCGCGGGGGCUUUCCGCGUCUACGUGAGCGCCGGGCCCCCCGACCCCGACGGGGACUACGUGGUGGACCACUCGGUGCUCACCUUCCUGCUGGGCCCCGACGGGCUGGUCCGGGACUGCUACGGGCGCUCCCGCACGGCCGAGGAGCUGGCCAAGAGCGUCAGGGGGCACAUGGAGAGCUACGAGCCGCUGCCCCCCGGCUGAUCCCGGGGGAAUAAAGGGCGGGGGGAACCCCCGGAAUGGG